AGAAACUGAAAAAGCAUUUUUCAGCAGAUAUGGUAUUAGUUACCAAUUUGCCGAAAACUUUCCUGCUGAACAACAGAACAGUGACAGACCGAAGGACAUCUCAAGCUUAAGCCUACAAGUAAAUCAUUGUUUGGUAUGUUUUUCAAGUAGCAAUAAUAAUUAUUCAUGUCCUGAAAACAUCUGUGUAAAGAAAAUGCAUGAAAAAAAUAUGAACUUUGAGAAAAUUAUAAAUACCUCAGCAUGUGGGAAUUUCGUUGUGAAAGUUCCGAAAAAAGUCUUCCUUGAUUUGAACCGGCCAAUACGGAUUCCAUUCCUUGAUAGCCAAUUUGAAAUCCAUGAAAAGUUGAAGAACUUAAUGUGUCCAUUGUUUCAACUGAACACCAAAGAGCAGUCAUCAAGGCUCUUGGUUGAAGAAAGCGAACUAGAGAAACCCAUUUUACAUUUAUCAGUGUAUGGAAACAACUUUGCGAAUCGGUGCCUCAAAAGACUGUGUCUAAACGAAGAAUUGGACAAGAAAUUGAUUGCAGAAGAAAUCAGUGUUAUGACGUAUCACAAAGCUUUCCAAAUGAGUCACCCUGCAAUGAAGGUUCAGGAAUUACAAAAUCGGGCUCAGCAAAGAAAAAUUACAUAUUUGAAAAAUGUGCAAUUUCCAUUUUUCUCUGGAUUGACCGAAAAGAUGUCACGAUAUAGAAAUAGUGACAGUACAACAGAUGGAACCGAGAAAGUACAAACAUUCAAACAGAGCAAAAACAGAAUUCAAACCAAACAAUUUCUAAAUUCUCAGAGCAUAUCUUCUGCAAAUGUCGGGCUACGAGAUGAUAUCAGCGAGGAAAAUAGUAGAAACGUAUUCUCCAAUGAUCUGAUAAAACUUAGUUCCAAAAGACAAUGGGGCAGACAUGAGAGCGACAGUGAGAUCCCUCAUUCUUUGGAAAUUUCUUUGAAAGAUAAUUUGGCAUUAUCAUGUAAAUCUGUCGACCUCACUGAAGAACAAGAUGAUGAUUCUGUGCCACAAGAAAUAAAACGAUGUCAACCGCCUUUCGAUGUUUUGCAACGGGAUAGUGCUUACGGUACGCAGUCGAAAAGAACAUCGGAUGGAAUGAACGAAUACUAUGAAUCUUAUGUAAAAUCUUCAAAACAAAAUUAUGGAUUUUCACUGACUGAACAAAAAUUCAAUGAAAAUGCAAUUAGAUGUACAGAAGAAUCUGAUGUACCUACCGUUCAUUUCAAACAUGAAAGUCCAUUAGAAUAUGACUUCUGUAGAUUCGAGAGUGACAAUUCAGAAAAUGUUUUGCAGAUUGAUCCUCUUCUAGCAAAACAUCUUGUAACAUCUGGUCUUCCAUUAGAUGCCGUAACCCUAAAAUUGAAUUCAGGACAACUUGGGACACACAUGGUUUCUGAAGACUAUGAUACGAAAAGUGCCUCUCAUGGGCUUGUAAUUGAGCUUGCAAUGCAGGCCAAAUUUACUAGCCUAGAUGACGAGUUUAAAGAACUUCAUCAGAGCUCAUCUGGCGGGACUUCCACAGGGAGAAAGACCGGACACAGACCAACAAUUCACACGAGUAUUAUAACAGUAGACCCAGGUUGUUAUGAGAAACUUGCUGAAGCUCGACACACUCUGGACACACAGGGACUCCUAUAUCCCCCAUAUGCACGAUCUGUUAUAGCAGCAGCUGAUUCACAUCUAAGGGAUUUUUUGACCUGUAUGAAAAAUAAUAGACUGGAGCAUCAUUGUGGAUUGGUUUUUAAAAGUGAGGAGAUUCAAAGCAUUGUCAAUGAAAAGAAUAAGUUCAGGAUUGGCCAUGAGUACAAGAUUCUACAACAGCUUGGUGCUGGUGGACAUGGGACUGCUCUCUUAUGUGCCUGUAUCUGUAAUGACAAGAAGAGUGAAAAACCAUUUGUUGUGAAAAAGAUUCGAAGAGAUCAUUUUCAUGAAGAAGAAAUCACAAUACCAUUUCAUCAUGGCAAUAUGUAUUCCCACAUGGUAGAAGUGUACGGAAUAGUGUUGGAGGGUGAGGAAGUCUCAGUACUGAUGCAAUACGCGGAAGGUGGAACUUUGAAAGAACACAGAACUUCUUCGGAAGGAAAUCUCCAGCAUUUAAUUUCUCCUUUGUACAGAGUCUUGAAAAACUUAUCUGAAGUCCAUCGCCUUGGAAUUGCUCAUUUUGACAUUAAAGAGGAAAACAUUGUCUUUACUUCGAAAGAUGAUCCCUUUUCAGCUACACUUAUAGACUGGGGAUCCGCCAAAAUCAUCAAUCAGACCAAUCAAAAAUACGGCAAUGGUACCAGGCGGUUUUAUCCCCCAGAAAUGCUACAAGACCGUACUGAAAAUGAACUUGACCUAGAGAAACAUGACGUUUGGACGGUGGCGUGUGCUUUUCUGUCAAAUAUCAAUGGCGCCUUUGUGUUUGAUGAACUGUGGAAAAGAUGUAAGGAUCGGCAUCAAAUGUACAAACAGGGCUUGCUUGCUGGACAUGUUAUCAAUGAAGAGCUUUUGAAAGGGAAACAUCGUCCAAGCUACCUACUCCUUCAUCUGACAGAUCUAUUGAUGUCGAUGUUAGAUCCGGAUGUGACGUCACGCGCUAGUGUUUCCGACGCUUUGAGUCACCCAGUAUUUCACUGUUGUAAAUACGAAGCUACUGCCAUGAAUGAAUUGUGUGAAGAAUCCACUUGUUCUCAAGACACUGACAAUAACAGACGCUUGGUCCGGGUUCUUGUUCACUAUAACAAGAAACCGAUUUACCUCAAUCGUCUAUGCAAGGGAUACCCAGUCAAAGAAUUAGUCAGAGAUGUAGGAUUUAGGGAAAAGGUUGAAUUACGUGUUCCACAGCAAGACAUACGCAAUGGAUAUUGCCUCCUUAAAAACGAGAGAAAUGUUUUUUCAAUAGACAGUGACUGCUACCUGGAACUCAGACCAGCAUAAUCGACCCUAGUCGCGCUUUUCUUGAUGCAAUCAAUUGUCCACUGACCGUGUUCAAUAGAUUUUACGCAACACUGACACAAAAUGUGCCAUAUUGAAACAAAUGUUAUUUUUUUUUAGUAUUUACUGACACUGAUAAAUGUCAGAUACACCUUGAAAUACUAUUCCAAAAGGAGAUUUUGAAAAAUUUUAUCAGUCUGAAAAAAGAAAUUAAUUGAAAUGCCUGCGUGUUGGAUUCAUAAUGCUAAAUUACAUGCCUGAUCUCUUGAAAAGUUUGUAAUAUAGAUUGUAUGAUCAUAAUCAUGAUAUGUUCUUCAGAUCUUUGACAUGUGAUUCCAGUCCUUUUGAAUAUAAUUACUUAUAUUGACUAACAUAGAUAUUAAAAAAGCAAGAUUAUGCCCGGAUUAAAAAAUAAAAUAGAGAGGAAUGUAAUGAUAAAACAAUAUUGAUGUACAUAUUUAAAGCUUCCUGACACUUCUUCUGUAAACAUACAUAUGUAUGGCACCAAAUCAUGUGUUUAUUUUUUUUGUUCGGGUCAUUUUAUUAUAUAACGAAUUCUAUUUUUAUUUUUACCAUGCACUUAUGUCUUUUGUAGUUUUAUGGGAAGACUGACGUUAUUUAAAGAAACAUUCUGGAGGAGAGAAAAUAAGAGAAGUUACAUUUUUUAAGGGCGGAUCCAGUGGAAGGGAGUGAGACUCCAUAGUAAAGUAGGCUUAUCAUAAGGUAGUUUGGAGCUGCCUCCAAAUCG